GCGAUGGGUUGGUCAACUUAUCGUAGACCCCUCUGCUCCAGGCCCCUCCGUCUAAUGCAACAGCAACGAUCAUUUCAUAUUUUUAUUUUCUCAGUUACUUCACACAGCUCAUUGACAGUUAGCGGGUUCAUCAAUCCUCGAACUAUUCCGAGCUUUCCGCUUCGGCCGUGAUUUCCUCUUUGACCUCCCCGCCUCCGGCACACGGUGGUAGUAGCUCCUUCCGGUUAUAUACUAUAUACGCUGUAGAAAAUAUCGGGAUCUCCACUCCGGCCGCUUUCGCCAUCGAUCGUAUGAUUCGUAUCACAAAGUCAUUGCAACUUUAUCGCUGCCCCUGUCCUUUCAUAGUAACUUGAUAAAACCCUAUCUUUUUCUCUUCAGUUGUUCUCAUUUGCUUCGGCCGGGCAGAACUUUCCACAUAACAUCAUCUGGGGAAACCCAACCGCUCGAAAUGGCGACCGAGAGCAACCCGGCGCUCGCCUCCCUCCCGUCCAACGUGCGGGAGAUCAUCGAGCUCGCCAACCAGCGCGAUGGCGCCAUUCCUUUCCGGGCAAAGACUGCUCAUGUCCACAGAACUUGGGCAGGCACCUUUACCAGCUUGCCUGAGCUCUAUAUCCAACCGGAAUCGGUCCCAGAAAUUCAAAAGGUCGUCCGUUUGGCCCGGCACGCCCGGCGCCGUGUCACUACCACCGGCUGUGGUCACUCUCCUUCCGACAUCACCUGCACCUCGUCCUGGCUCGUCAAUCUGGACAACUUCAACAAGAUCAUCUCCGUUGAUCACUUGACCGGUCUCGUUGUUGUGCAAGCCGGUAUCCGUCUUUACCAACUCUGUGACGAGCUGGACCGCCGUGGACUUGCUCUGCCUAGUCUCGGCAGCAUCAACGAGCAAAGCAUUGCUGGUGCCAUCAGCACGGGCACACACGGCAGCGGCAUCAAGCAUGGUCUUAUCGGUGAAAACAUCACGGAACUCAAGAUCACCCUUGCCAAUGGCGAGACAUUGUCGUGUUCUCCCGAGGACAAGCCGGAUCUCUUCCGGGCCGCUUUGAUCUCCCUCGGAGCUUUGGGUAUCAUCACCGAGGUUACUUUCAAGGCAGUUCCGGCUUUCUCGCUUGCCUGGAGCCAGGCGAUCGACUUGGAUAAGCGUAUCUUUGAGCGCUGGGACAAGGAUCUCUGGAGCCAGGCCGAGUUUGUGCGUAUCUGGUGGUUCCCCUACAUGCGCCGCGCUGCUGUUUGGACGGCCGACGUUGUCGACCCGGUCGACUUGAAGACCGGCGCCGUCAAGCACCGCGAGCCGCCAACAAGCUACUAUGAUAGCUGGCUAGGCUACUAUGUUUACCACAACCUCCUUGCUCUCUCCAGGUGGAUCCCGCGCAUCACUCCUUGGAUCGAGUGGUUCGUGUUCGGCAUGCAGUAUGGUUUCAAGAACGGCGAGGCCACGAGGAUCAGCGCCGUCCAACCCAGUCAGAAGGCCUUCCUGCUGAACUGCCUGUACAGCCAAUCCGUCAACGAGUGGGCCAUCCCUCUCCACAAGGGUCCCGAGGCUCUGCAGCGUCUAGGUGCCUGGCUUCAAAACCUGAAGCCCGGCGACCCCGGUUACGUCGAGCACGGCAUCCCCUAUAGCGCCGAGGGUCUCUGGGUGCACAGCCCCGUCGAAGUGCGCGCGAGCGACGCGACCGUCUACACCUCGCGGGAAGCCAACACGCGCCCCUUCCUCGACCCGACGCAGUCUGACGGCCCCACGCUCUACCUCAACGCCAUCAUGUACCGGCCCUACCACCGCGAGCCAACCUACAACGCCACGGAGCGCUACUACCUCGGCUUCGAGUGGCUCAUGCGCGAGCUCGGCGGCAAGCCGCACUGGGCCAAGACCUUCACCGCGACGCAGGCCGACCUGGCCAGGUGGUACGGCGAGGACUUCCAGCGGUGGGGCGCCGUCCGCGAGAGCGUCGACCCCGAGGGCAUGUUUGUCGGGCCCUGGCAUAGACGCUACCUGCUGGAGCCCAUCCAGAGCGACAAGUUGCUCCCGCUGGAAGAGAUUCAGCAGACGACUAAGGAGGUUCCCGCGAGGCAGGGUGGCGGUAUCGAAGUCAUCGGCAUCCAGAACCCUGUCGUGCCAAACUAGGUGAUCGGGAGGAUUCUGGGGUCUCCGCUCAACAGGAUGGAGGAGGAGGCCGAGAAGGAGGAGGCCAAGCUGGGUGGCAGGAAGGCGCAGGCUGCUGGAAGAUUUGAGGGGAUUCGGAGAGAGAAUAGGUUAGGUGGAGUUUGUGGACGAACCACUGAUGAAGACUUAAGAUAGUUGUCGGAAUUAUGGCCAAAGAGCGAGGAGGACCGUUUCGUAGAGUCUUGGGAUACGUACUCUAUCUUUUUUUGUUAUUUUGGGAUACCAGGCUGGUCGGAAAAGGAGGGAGGGAUAGCAAGUAGUUUUUGUUUAUCGAGUCGAAUACGUUGUACUCUACAGAUACCAUGAAAAAGUACUAAGGUUGCAAUUUUGAACGAACGAU